AUGUUAUUAGCAGCAAUUGUUACAUCAGUUUUAUUAUUUGUCUUUAUAUUUCCAUUACAAGCACAAGCAUUUGAAAGCUAUAUGGCUGAUUGGUUAUCAUGGUUGAUAAGUUUUUUUGUCACAUUAUUUGAAACAGGUGUAUCAGUUCUUGUUAUCUCUUCACUAUUUCUUGCAUGUUAUAUGGAUGUUAUAUUUGAUUCAGUAUGGAGACAAGAAACAAUGGGAUUAAAUGAAGGUGAAACACAUCGAAAAUCAGCAACAACAUAUACAUGUAUUAAAUCAUUUUUAACUUUGAUCUUAUUUCGUGUAGUACUUCUUGUCGUAACAUCACCAUUAAAUUUAAUUCCAAUUAUUGGAACAAUUCUUUAUAUUUAUAUAAAUGGAUAUUAUUAUGCCUGGUCAUUACAUUGUCGAUAUUUUGAUUUACUUGGUUUAUCAUUUUUACAAGGACGACAUUUUGUUGAAGAAAAUCGAAAUGAUUAUACACAAUUUGGUAUUGUUGGUAUUUUAUUAGAAAUGAUUCCAUUUCUUAACUUAAUCACACCAGUAACAAAUGUUAUUGGUAGUGCACUUUGGGCUUGUGAUAUCGAAAGAUAUAAAGAACCAACACAACAUCCACGAAGUUAUUUAUUAGCACCAACACCAGAAAUAGUUGAACAAGGACAAGCUACUGGUUAUGGUUCAAUUAAAAAUGAAAAAGAACCAUAUCCAAUGGAAGGAACAGCAUCAGCAUCAGCAUUACCACCAACAUAUCAAGAUGUAAUAGAUAGUAAUAAUCUUUAUCCAUCUGCUCCACCUCUUGAAAAACAAUAG